GACCAUUAACAAUCACCUCUUUAUCUGGAGUUUAUCUGCAGUUUCAACUUUGUCCCGGAGCAGAGAACACACUGAGGAACACCACUGCACUAGCAGACACCAUUUCCCUCUGUGGAUCUUUUACCGCUGAUUGUUUCUCCAUAGCCCGAACAUGGCACUUCUUUCAGACAAGUGUUUUCCCGGGCCUGAACUCCUGGAGCUGCUGCUGGAGCCUCAUAGAGUCCCUGAUACAGCCAGAGAUGCAAAACAUGGCAGUCCUGCAUGGUCAAUGGCAGAUCAAAGCAUUGCAUGUCAUGAAGGUGUUAUGGAUGAUUUUCUGGACUCACUGUUGGACAUGUCGAAGCCGUGCUCUCCAUGUGACAGCGGCAUCAGCGAUGACAGCCCGUCUGAAUGCCUGGACAGUCCACCGCCAUCCGCAAGCUCAGCGUUCAGCUCCGUCUUCCUCCAUCAGCCUCUUCCUCAGCAGGACACAAACACAGAGCCGGAUUUCUCCAUUGAUCUGGCAGAUUGGGAGGCCUGCCUGUUUUCCGACAGUCUGACAGACCCUCAGUUCCCAUCAGCAGUAGUGAAAAGUCAACCGGCAGCAGUUUACCAGCUCACAGUCAAAGACCUGCUGCUCUCCAGCACUGCGGAACCUUCAACAAAACCCUCCACCCAACAAUCUCAGCAUCUGAUUCUCAAUGACGAUGAGAAGAAACUCUUAGCCAAAGAAGGAGUGAGUCUUCCCAGCCAACUGCCUCUUAACAAGUAUGAAGAAAAGGUUUUGAAGAAGAUUCGGAGGAAAAUCAGAAACAAGCAGUCGGCACAGGAGAGCCGCAAGAAAAAGAAGGAGUAUAUAGAUGGACUGGAGGGCAGGAUGGCAGCCUGCAGCGCUCACAAUCUGGAUUUGCAGAGGAAAGUCCUCCAGCUAGAAAAAACCAACACGUCUCUGAUGGAGCAGCUGAGGCGACUGCAGGCUCUGUUGAUGAGCGGCUCCGGUAAACCUGCACAGACUGGGACCUGCAUACUGGUGCUGGUUCUCUCUUUCUCUCUUAUUCUCAUCCCGAGUCUUCAACCCAUCUCACACCGGAGGGCCGCAGACCCCGGGGACAUCAGCACUGCCAAAGUUCAAUCCAGGUCCCUGCGCUCCGUGAUGGAAGUCUACAGCAUCAGCAGGGGUGUGGACACGUCCUCGUCCAAUCAAAACGCGCUUCUUACCAGGCCCGAGUACGCAGACAUGGACCAGUCACAUCACAACCACAGCUACCGAAAGCAUCGUCGCGGAGACCCCAUCACUGGACACAGCUGGACAACACACCGCGAACAAGACAGAAAGUGACUUGUGGAUAUUAUACCAAGCUUCUAAAUAUGCAGAUCUUUCCAGAUGCAAAACAACCGGCUAAAGCUUGCGUGUUGCAUUUUUACGUAGCUGUGGGGUUAUCUGAAUGGAUUCUACCACAAAACCUGAUGGGAAUGGUAUAAAUAUAUACUGAUGCCACAGCUUGCAGUAUGCAAACGUUGUGCGCACACACACACACAAACACACACACACACACACACACACACACACACACACACACACACACACAAACACAAAAGCAUGCAAAUGUUGCACAAAAAGAUGCUUAAGUUUAUGAUGUACCUUAAACACUUCGAGCUCUAUUUUAACGAUCAAGCCGCAAAGGUCUAACAGGGUUGAGCUUAUUCUCUUAAUGAGUUAUUGGUGUGUUUUGAGCAUAACGUGCAUUAAACCAGUCUCAUCUCGCAUUCCCUUUAAG